CUUGCGGAAGACCAACACCAGCUUCUCUGGAGAAGGCCUAGAUGAAGAAACUGAGACCCAAAGAGAGAUAGUAACUUGUCCAGGGCUACUGCCAGUAUGGAGCCUCCUGCCGUGGUGUCUCUGCUGCUUGUGUCCUUGGGCCUCAUGGAAGCACUUCAGGCCCAGAGCCAUUCCAUCAUUCAACGAGACCUCUUCUCUCAAGAAAUGCCCCUGGACAUGGCCCCAGCCUCCUUUGAUGACCAGUAUGCUGGCUGUGCAGCAGCCAUGACAGCUGCUCUCCCGGAUCUCAACCAAACAGAGUUCCAGGCCAACAAAGUGUAUGCCGAUGGCUGGGCACUGGCAAGUAGCCAGUGGCAGGAGCGCCAGGCCUGGGGACCAGAGUGGGGCCCCAGCCCAACCCGGCUGCCCCCACAACCCCCUGGCUUCCGCGAUGAGCAUGGGGUGGCCCUCCUGGCCUACACAGCCAACAGCCCCUUGCACAAGCAGUUCAACGCAGCUGUGCGGGAGGCGGGCCGCUCUCGAGCCUUCUACCUCCACCACUUCUCCUUCAAGACACUCCAUUUCCUGCUGACUGAGGCCCUGCAGCUGCUGGGCAAGGGCCAGCGUUCACCCCAGUGCCACCAGGUGUUCCGAGGAGUGCACGGGCUGCGUUUCCGGCCAGCAGUGCCUGGGGCCACUGUAAGGCUGGGGGGAUUUGCCUCUGCCUCCCUGCAGAAUGUUGCAGCCCAGCAGUUUGGGGAGGACACCUUCUUUGGCAUCUGGACCUGCCUUGGGGCACCAAUCAAGGGCUACUCCUUCUUCCCUGGGGAGGAUGAGGUGCUGAUCCCCCCCUUUGAGACCUUCCAGGUAAUCAAUGCCAGCAGACAAGCCCAGGGCCCUGCCCGCAUCUACCUCCGGGCCCUGGGCAAGCGCAGCACAUACAACUGUGAGUACAUUAAAGACAAGCAGUGCAAGUCUGGGUCCUGCCAUCUGGGUAACUCAGCCAUGGGUCAAGGCCCCCUUUCUUCAUUCUGGUCCCUCCUACUGCCGCUCUGGCUCCUUGUCGGGGGAAACUUUCCAUAGAGUCCAGGCCUCCCAUCAUCUAUCCAACAUGGAACAGCCCUGCCUGCUGCCUCUACCUAGCAUGGGAAUGUCGACCAUGUGUGUGUUAAGGGCAGCCAGGAUCCAUGGUAACUCCAUCUGCAGGGAACUCUGGGAUGUUGGUAGCUGCCAGGCCUGCUGAUGGAGAAAUAAGGGAAUCUGAGGACUGAGCCUUAGCCAAGGCUCUAAGAAUGAGACACUGAAUAGAGGUGGGGGUCUCUAGAAGAGGCAACAACUGACUUGGAGGUUAGAGAUUAAACUAGUUUGGGGGGAGGGAAUGGGGAGGAAAGCACGUGGCCAGGGUAUUUGCUGGUGUUACUCAAAUGCCUCACAUGUGCACCUGGAAGGCUCCUAUUUGCUCUCCCGAGAAGCCUUCUCUGACCUCUCCCACCUGGCUGGGCUAGGGACCCUACCCAUCUGCUCCCACAGGUCCCUAGGUGCUUCUCUACACCCCGUGUUCAUGUUUGCCUCCCGUGUCAGACUGUGAGCAUCCUGAGGGCAGGGACUGGGUCUAAAGCAGAAGUAGUGCUAGAAAACAUGUAAGUCAAAAAGGAACACAUAUCUUGUGAAUGGCUCGUCUCUGCACUGCCACACUCCGGAUAUUUGCAAGCUCUGUGCAUGUCAGUGUGUGGGAAUGAUGUGGACUAUCUCUAGCUCCAGAAGGUAGAAAGCAGGAGGCAUAGCAAAGACAGCAUUAGGUUCUCUGUCAGGGUCUCAACUGAAUGCUCAAUUGAAUUAUUGUCAGCAAAGACAUAAUUUUUGCUCUGAUCUAUGCUUCUUAGAGUCCUGUCUCUAGAGAGACAAACCUGGACCCCCAACUUCCACUACCACAGGCCCAGAGGUUAAGACAGGACAUCAAAGAGGUGCCAGGCACACAUUUAUUUUAUUAUGAGUUGGGGCUCUGGGGCCAAAAUCCCAGUGUGGCCUCUUGCUCUGGAAACUAGAAUCCUGAAUCCUUUUCUUGGAGUCCUAGGCAGGGACUGGCAAGACCAAGUCCCUAAAACAAUAACCACUGAGGAAGGAACAGAAGACAGAGAAACAUGGUAAUUCUGUUUCUCAUAUAACCCACACUCUUGCCACCAACAACUCUAACACUCAGCAUCAAAGUCCAAUUCUGUUCCUCCAGGACUGUAUUUUGAUCUUGACGCUUAGAGUUCCUCUUCCCCAUGGAUUAAGGGAUUGGCAAGCUCUGGAUUUCCCUUAGUGGUUAGGGUAUGUAGGCAAGUGAUCCCUGUGGUUUGUGAAAUCAGCAGUGCUGAUCCUGAAGAAAGGGUGUCCCAGGUUCUUAGGCACAGUGGGGAGAGACUGGGUGGCCCAACUAGAGCCUACAACCACCUGGCCUUUCCAUCCCUCUCUGGAGAUGCCCCAGACCCCUGGGUCUCACAGGGCCUGCACCAGCACCAGGAGGCUCAUGACCAGGGCCAUGGAGAAGAAGAUGCCCAGGAAGAAGCGAUCCAUCACACGGGCCAGCCGCUUCCAGUCCUCAUGGCGGCGCUGGGCAACCCGGUGGCUGUGGAAGGUGUUAGCAAUGGUAGCUACGUGGCGCAACAAGGCUUCCUGACGGCACAGACACUGUGGCUCAUGGCAAGGAACUGCUGGAGGGUGAACCCCUUCGUUAGGAGGCUGGGGACUAGGGGGAGACUCAGGUGGUCUAGACCGCCCACAGGGCUCCCCUCGUUCCCUCACGCACAAGCCCCGUGCCAGGUGUCCCAGCAGGAGGGCCCGAGCCCAGGCUGGCACUGGUCGGGCACUGGGACCACAGUAAUGCAGGUUCAUGAUAAGGAUGGUGAGCGCUGUGGAGAAUGUGACCAUGGUCAUGGUGGCCAUGUAGUACUUCCCUGCAAGAGAGAGAGUGAGCUGGGGCCCAAACCAAAAACUCAGGGAGCCUGAGUGUGCCCACUGCCUCAACACAAAUAGGCACCAGCUCACCCACCAUGAGGCUCUCAGGACCCUCCAAUCCCAAUGGAUGGAGCCAGGGAGGAAAUAAGAGCCAAGGUCUCCCAACCCCUAUUUCUACAAGUGAGUUCUCACAAGCCACCUGCUCCCUAGUUGUUCUCCUCACUGCUGGACGCUGCACUCCCUCACAAUACAUGAAUGCCGUGCUAUCAAAUGUAGCAGCACAAUCUGGGGCAAGUUAUUGAUUCUUUUGGUACAACUGGGGUAACAACAGAACUUACCUCCUGGGUCUGUGUCUGUGAUGUCUCCUUGAAUUAAUAAAUGUCAAGUACUUAGGAGAGGA